UUUUUUUUUUGAUAUGGAGUCUUGCUCUCACCCAGACUACAGUGCAGUGGCACGACCUUGGCUCACUGCAACCUUCUUUAUAGCAGUGUGAAAACAAACUAAUAACCCUCCCUGAGGCGCCUUCUCCUUAGGCAACCAGCUGCCUCCAUGCUCCUCCUCUGCCCCCUGUUCUUUCUUUUCCCCUCAUGAGGCCCAAGUGAUAAACAGGGCCAGCCGCAGCCCCAGCCCCAGCCCCAGCCCCGUCCUACUGCAGGCCUGUGUGGCUGCUGGAGAGGCCGUGCUCCUUUCCUCUCCCCGAGCCUGCCUCAUACGCUUUCUGGAUCCUGGAGGAAACUGACCCACUAUUCUCAUACUGGUGCAACAUCACCAGUAUGAGUACCAGUCUUGGUACAGCUUCCAAGACCUCAAAGCUGUACCAUUUGAGCCAGGCUUUUUUCUUGUCUCCACUUGCUAGGGCUGUCGUUGGGACAGUCCUAGAGGGUGGUGCCAAUGGAUGAAUGGAUGGAUGGACAGUAGUCCAGGGAUGACGUCCCUGUCUGUCCUGAACUCGGCCCUUCCUCCAAUGAGAAGCCUUCUUGAGUGAGUAUAUACAGUCAUCCCUUGGUAUCCAUGGAGGAUUAGUUCUAGGGUCACUGGGAAUGCCAAAAUCCAUGGAUGCUCAAGUCUCUGAUAUAACAUGGCCUAGUAUUUACGUAUAAGCUAUGCACAUCCUCCCGUAGACAUUAGACCAUUACUAGAUUAUUUAUGAUAUGUCAUACAAUGCAGAUGCUACAUGAAUGGUCGUGAUACUGUAUUCUUUAGGGAAUGAUGACAAGAACAAAGUCUGCACAUGUUCCAUAGAAACAUAACCAUCCAAUUUAUUUUCUGAAUAUUUUCCAUCUGCUGUUGCUGAAUCUACAGAUGCAGAGCUCCUGGAUACGAGAGCCAAGUGUGCUUUGAGAGUAGGGUGGGUGAGGUUGCUAAUGAGUACAGGGGAGCAGGUGUUGAUCGGGAGGACCCUGCACUGGGGCAUCUGGACUUUCUGCCUCAGGACUUGAGACUCCAGUUGGAUGGCAAAGGCAGACUCAGCCCAGGUCAAAGCCGUCCCCUUGAAAUUUCAUUUUAUCCCAAACUCUUUCUGGACCCUGGAAUUUGGCAUCCCCUAGGCCCUGCGUGGAAGGACAGCUGAACCAGGUUUUAGAUAACAUGUCUAGAAGAGGGAGCCCCUAGUGUGUGCCCGGCACUUUCCCCACAGGAUCCUCUAGCUAGAAUAUCCAAGGGUCAUGGAGAGAAAUACCCAGUUAAAAUAUCAGAAAUGAAGAAGUGAUACCAUUAGAGACACUAAAAAGACCAUUAGGUAAUAGUAUUAGCUUUUGUAUUCUGAGAUCCAACAGCAGCAGUCACUUCCCUCCACCCCUAUGUGUAUCCCAGGACCACCCUGGGCAGGGAGUGCUGAAGUUAGGGAGCACCCAUGGAUGCUCUGAUGCUGGCCCUGGGCCUCGGGGGUGACAGUGAUGAGGAACUGGGUGCACACAUGAGUGGGGCAGCCGGGCCUGGCCAGAGAAGCAACACACACGUGUACAGACGUGUUUACCCACAUACACGUGUGCACGCACGUGCACAAACACAUCGCAGGCAGGCAUGUUGACGCCUCAGGCAGCGGAGGACCCUGACUAUGGGCCCUGCUGACCCGGGCAAGGCCCCAUUGUGAUGCGUGCCAUGACCUCAGAAUGUCACUGGUGCUUAGCACCUAUCCGCUCUCUGGCCUGCCUCAGUGUUCUACAGCAGUUACACACAGGCAGUGGUAUCUGUGAGCAGCUCUGUGGACUCAAAGGUUUUCUCCCUGAGAGGCAUAACCCAGGCCAGCUGAUUCAUCAGAAUCAGGUCCACUGAGCAUACUUAGUAUCUUUGGACAAAUAGGAAUUCAAUGAAAACGUAUUCUUAAAGGCGAAAAAGGCGGAUUUGCUAGUGGUCACACCCUUUCCAGAAAUUCUUGGCUGGUAACCGCGAAACCGACUGGAGCAGGAGCUGGGAGAACUGGAGAAAACGGCUCUCAUCUCACUUGACUCCAGCUAGGAGCUGAUGCUGCAUCGUAAUAACAUUUGCAGAGCGCUCUCACAGGCUGUGGAGUGAUUUGUCUGAGAUUCCUCCAGAACUGAGCCCUUUGUUGGAACCAUACCCCAGCCCAUGGUCCCAUGACUAGGUGGAUAGUACUGCUUGUACCUCCUGCAACCCAGAACCCUGGCUGACGACUUUGAAGGAGGAUGCUCCAGCAGGUCAAUGGCCACAAUCUGGGGUCUGAUGGCCAAGCCAGGGAGUACCUCAGAGAAGACCUGCAGGAGUUCCUGGGUGGGGAGGUCCUGCUGUACAAGCUGGAUGACCUCACUAGGGUGAAUCCUGUGACACUAGAGACAGUCCUGAGGUGCCUGCAGGCCCGGUACAUGGCAGACACAUUCUACACUAAUGCUGGCUGCACCCUGGUAGCCUUGAACCCCUUCAAGCCUGUUCCUCAGCUCUACUCGCCCGAGCUAAUGAGAGAGUACCAUGCUGCGCCUCAGCCCCAGAAACUGAAGCCCCAUGUGUUCACUGUGGGUGAACAGACCUACAGGAAUGUCAAGAGCCUGAUUGAACCAGUCAACCAGUCUAUUGUUGUCAGUGGAGAGAGUGGUGCUGGAAAGACAUGGACAUCUCGCUGCCUAAUGAAGUUCUAUGCUGUGGUGGCCGCCUCACCUGCAUCUUGGGAGAGCCACAAGAUUGCAGAGAGGAUAGAACAGAGGAUCCUGAACUCCAACCCUGUCAUGGAAGCUUUUGGGAAUGCGUGUACGCUGAGGAAUAACAACAGCAGUCGCUUUGGGAAGUUCAUCCAGCUCCAGCUGAACAGGGCUCAGCAAAUGACUGGAGCCGCAGUCCAGACCUACCUCCUACAGAAAACUCGAGUGGCCUGCCAGGCUUCCAGUGAGAGGAACUUCCACAUCUUCUAUCAGAUUUGCAAAGGAGCCAGUGAGGACGAGAGGCUCCAGUGGCACUUCCCUGAGGGAGCUGCCUUCUCCUGGCUACCCAACCCAGAGAGGAGUUUAGAAGAGGAUUGUUUUGAGGUGACCAGAGAGGCCAUGCUCCAUUUGGGCAUUGACACCCCUACCCAGAACAACAUCUUUAAGGUCCUAGCUGCACUGCUGCACCUUGGCAAUAUCCAGUUUGCUGCCUCCGAGGAUGAAGCCCAGCCCUGCCAGCCGAUGGAUGAUGCCAAGUACUCUGUCAGGACGGCAGCCUCGCUGCUGGGGCUCCCAGAGGACGUGUUGCUGGAGACAGUGCAGGUUAGAACCAUCAGGGCAGGCAGACAGCAGCAGGUAUUCCGGAAGCCCUGCCCCCGAGCCGAGUGUGACACCCAUAGAGACUGCCUGGCCAAACUGAUCUAUGCACGGUGCUGGGGCAGGGCAAGGGGAGAGAGAGUUGGGAGAGAUGUUCCUGUUUUCUCCAGGAAGGAGGUCCACCCUAGGGCCGGAGCCAGCUUCCUCUCUCUGUUCUUGGCAUCAUUGCUGCAUCUAGGGGUGAGCGCCCAGAUCACUCAAGACCAAUGUGUAAUUGUGUGGGCUGCUGACAGGGCCCUGGAGAGUGUCAGAAAGCUCACAGCCUCUGCAGGAGAGAGCAGCUUCCCCUCUCUGGGCCUCCAUCUCCCCCAGUGCAGUGAAUCAAAUGAGCACCAGCAACAUCUCCUGAGAUGGGAUUUGGAGGGCUCCCUGGAGAAAAGAAAUAGUGCAGGGGUUUUGAGGCACUGGUGUGCCAGCCAGGGCCAAGUCAAAGCUGUCACUCACCCUGACUCAUUAGCCCUAAGUUCGUCCUCAGGGCAUGAGGUACAAGCUGAGGGCAGAGCCAUAGCCAGGACCAUUACUCACCACGGCAACACCUCUGCUGCCUGUUGCCACACACUGGUGCUGGACUCAGCUUCCGUGGAAAGGGAUGGAAAUUGCACUCAUUUUCCAGGAACAAAGAGGACAGCUUGCCGACCUUGCCUGUCUCCUCCCACUCUUGCUCUGUUCCCUGCCUCUGCUUGGUUGCAUGGGAAUUUUGCUACCCUUCAGAGACCUGGAGGGGACCCAAGAACUCUUGUUAUUAACCCCUCCUUCCUCACCCACUCUGGAGGAGAGUUGGGCAUAUAGAUGGGGCAGGAAAAGAGAGUGCUGAGGAGCACAGGCUUUGGGGGAAAACAAAAGAGCUGGGGAAGGUCAAGAAGGAGCUGCAGAUAGACUGCUGUUGAGAGGAAUUAGAGUGGGGAGAAAUAAUUCACUCCUUUGACCAUCUGUUAAGUGCAUAUGAUGCACUUCUAUACACGUUAUCUCAUUAAAUCCUCACAAUAGCCUAUCCUCACCCCCAUUUUAAACACUGAGGAAACAGGUCCAGAGAGGUUAAGUGACUUUGCCAAGAACACAGAGCAUUUCAGGUGGCAGGGUCAAGAUUUGGACGCCAGUCCUGUCUGACUUCAGAGCCCUUUCUACUUUACCACAGUGCCACUUUCCUGACCAGGGUUGGGAGUUCUGAGUUUCAGAGAUGAACAUCAAUGCUAAAUUGCUUUGUGAAUCCCUCUGAGCCUAUAUUUACCCAUCUGUAAAAUGAGAAGAUGAAACGAGAUGAUUUCUAAAGUCCCUUUUAGUACUGGCUUUCCAUGCUUAAGACGUGAGUGUUCAACCCCAUUAAAAAGUGGGCAAAGGAUAUGAACAGACUUCUCAAAAGAAGACUUUCAUGCGGCCAACAAACAUAUGAAAAAAAAAGCUCAAUAUCACUGAUCAUCAGAGAAAUACAAAUCAAAACCACAAUGAGAUGCCAUCUCAUACCAGUCAGAAUAGCUAUUCUUAAAAAGUCAAGAAACAACAGAUACUGGUGAAGUUGCCAAGCGAAAGGAAUGUUUUUACACUGUUAGUGGGAGUGUAAAUUAGUUCAACCAUUGCAGAAGACAGUGUGGUGAUUUCUCAAAGAUCUAGAAGCAGAAAUCCCACUAGACCCAGCAAUCCCAUUACUGGAUAUAUACCCAAGGGAAUAUACGUCACUGUAUUGUAAAGAUACAUGCACACACAUAUUCGUUGUGGCACUAUUCACAAUAGUAAAGAUAUGGAAUCAACCCAAGUGCCCAUCAAUGGUAGACUGGAUAAAGAAAAUGUGGUACACACACACCAUGGAAUACUAUGCAGUCAUAAAAAGGAAUGAGAUUAUUAUGUCCUUUGCAGGGACAUGGAUAGAGCUGGAAGCCAUUAUCCCCAGCAAACUAACACUGGAACAGAAAACCAAACACCGCAUGUUCUCAUAAGUGGGAGCUGAACAAUGAGAACACAUGGAUACAUGGGGGAAUACAACACACAGUGGGGCCUGUCAGAGGGUCAAGGGGAGGAAGAUCAUCAGGAAGAAUAGCUAAUGGAUGCUGGGCUUAAUACCUAGGUGAUGGGAUGAUCUGUGCAGCAAACCACGGCACACAUUUACCUAUGUAACAAACCCGCACAUCCUGCACAUGUACUUCAGAACUUUAAAGUUGAAGAAAAAAAAAGACAGUUUGGAGACUUUCCCAAACCCAAAGUUGAGAAGCCUGAAUGGCUUGGAAAGACAUCAAGGCAUUCAGCCUGAUCUUUGUUAUCAGUGAACUAGGGAGGAGACUUUCUGCCUCUCAAGGCUGUGCCAUUGCCACCUCCAGGCACCUUGCAUACUUUGGCUAUUAGUUCUGGCUCUGCAGACAAGUGACUGCCUUCAGGAGGGGAGUAAAGGGACAGUCCAGCCUCAGGAUUCCAGCAAGCAAGGAAAUCUGAAUAAUUGUGUCUCUGGGACACAAUAACUUCUGUUUCCUUGCCCCCUCCCUUCAAGCCACAGACUCCAAUUAGCAGCUUAGCACCAAAGUUCUCAGACAUGUUCCUGCUUUUGGAGACACUGAAUAAUGGAGAUAUUUCUGAAGCUGAGAUGAGGAGGGUGGGAGGUAGGAUGUGAACUUGUAAAAAUGUAGUGAGAGAGAUUUCAGAUUCCUAGAUGCUGCACUUUCUUCACACUUUAAGGAAGGUGUCUGGUUGCUGAAAGGACUCCUGGCCUCAGUAUAAUUUUCUAAUAAUUGCUCCAUUUUUCUGAGCUAUCAUCCCAAGCAUUGUGGAGUGAGAGGAAGAGACAGGGCUCUGCCUGCUGGAGGAGACCCCAUUCUCAUCUUAUGGGAAGUGUGAACCUGAUGAGGGAAGUAUGGCUCCCAGUAAGAGGGAGCACCAACCUGGCAAGAUAUUGUGGCCAUCUCCCUUAUGGAAUUCUUGGGCUGGUAGGGCAGAUAUUAUCCUGCUUUCUGUUGGUGGGGUGUUGGUCCAAAGGAGUUAGGGGAGCUGAACAUAAAGUUCAGAUGCAGAGAGAUGACUAAAAAAGAGUAUUCAACUCUUUUUUAGUUGAUCCUAGAGGGAAGAGGGUGGUCCCUAAACUCAGGUGGCCUUUGUCUUGGAGAGAGGUGAGUCAAGCCCCUCACUCUCCAGGAGCACAGUAAUAAAUAAGAUCAUAGUUGGGAAAAGUGUGGUGUGUAUGUGUGUGUGUGUGUGUGUGUGCCUGUAUGUGUCUGUGUGUGUGUGUGUGAUUCCAUGCCUAGGAAAGGAGCUCUUAUUCUAAAUUUGUUC